ACAAGCUGAAAUGCCGAAUAGUUCCGCUGUGUAUUCGAUCCAUGCACAUUUGUAAUAAUAGUAUUGGAGUGUUUUAAAAUCAUCCGCUGUAGAGAUUUACUUGUUUCAAAAAUAUAAUAAGUCUAUGAACAUUUUCAAAAAUCAUGUAUUUUGUAAGUUUAACAGUACUUAUCUGGAAAUUUUUUUUCGGGUUAUUUUGGCUGAGAACUUGUUGUCUGUGACCUGUGUAUGAAAUUAUUACGGAGACCGGUUGUUUCGAUACGGCGUUUUUUCACGGGGAUCAAUUGUCCUAGAUCCGAUACGAGUUCGUAAAUAGUGAUAAGGUGAAAUGUUUUGGCCGGGCGAUUUACUUAAGUGCUAUCUGCUCAUGAUACAGUGAACGAACUUGAUUGAGUGGCUGUUUAAUGUUUUGCUUUGGUGAAAACAAUGAUAUAAGCAUACGCGUUUAAAACGCGUGGUCUGCAAUUCUUUCUUUUUGUAUAUUUCAUCGGCGUGUGGAGACUGUGCCAUGGACGCCGUCGUAGAGCACGUUUACGCUGAACCCAGCAUACCACCAGUAAUAGCAAUUACAGAAGUGGGGCAUUUGAAUUCAUCAACACUUUUAGAUUGUGGUAUGGCAAUUGAGAAUACAUCUAAUAGACCCGUAUUAAAAAUAUUCAAUCAACAUGGUGGUACAGUUGAAGAAGAAGAUCCUAGUAGAAAAGAAAAUGGAAAAAAAUACUUAAUUUUGAGAAAUAAAAAAACAAAUAAGGUUUCAGUUUAUGGUACCAAAGUAACUUAUCUUAAAAAGCCAGAUUACUUUAAGAUGAAAACGUUUGAAGACCAAACAUUGACAGAUAAAAAUCAAGAAUUUAACUUAGUAUUUGGAACUAAAAAGUCAUCACGUAUUUCAAAGUCUAGAGUUAAUAAUACUGUUGAUGUUCCAACUGAUGUCUUCGACAAUAUUUCUUUUUCUUCUGAUGUAUUGCAGUCAUCAUUUUCUCAAAAAUGUGAAUUUUUAGUAUAUUUACCUUUGGGAUGUAAUCGUUUUUCUAAUAAAUUAGAAACAGUUUAUCCAGUUUCUACAUUAUUACUUGAAAAUGAAAUAGAUUUAAUGACUGAUUAUGCAAAAGAAGUAAUAAGUAUGUUACCAAUUAAUAGUGACAACGAGGAUUUAUCAACAUUUUUCAUAACAAAUUUGAAUAGAUUAUCUCAUAAAACUAUUCAAAAUAUUUGUCUCCUUACUUUUGCUGAUGGAUUGAUUGCAUUGUUAAGAACAAAAUCAGCUGAUUUGAAUUUUAGAAAUAUUGAAAUUUACCCAAAUUCAGAAGUAAUAAAUGAUAAGGUGUUGGAUAAUUUUGUUGAAUAUAGUGUUACUGGCCGAGAUUUAACAUCUAAAAUGAAGGAUAAAGCUGUGUGUCAUAUAAUUAUAAUUAUGAUGUUAAUCAACAUGUAUGUAUUCGACUUAAGUUGGAUAUCAUCAUUUCUUCCAUCAAGUAGCCAAAAGAGAUUGACAUUGCUGAUGAAGGUAGUAGGAGCAUCACUAAUGAAAGAUGAUCCAACCAAGUAUACACUAAAAAUUCCAUUAGCAACUCUACCUGCAUUUCAAAAACUAUCAAAAAAAAAAGUAGUUCAUAACUAAUUCAAUUUUAAUUUUGAUUUAUA